CUCAACAGUUAUCUACUGCGAAGAAUUCAAGACAGACAAGUUCAAUCCUAUCUAGACAUUCAAAACACUUUGAAAUAGUUUAACUUUUUUCUUCAAAACGGUUUCAAUUCUCACGUUUUCUGUGUUGAGUUUUUGUGAUAGAACAGUAAUUCUCGAUUUAUUUUCUAAUAAAUCAUAUAAUUUUUUAAUAAUUCAAAAAAUAUUUAUAUGAGUUUUGACCAGUUUAUUUUUUUAUUGCUGAGCUGCGAAAUCGAAAAAUGACUACCAAUUGUCAAGGUUUAUGGAAGAUGGACAUUGAUGAAGAGCAUCAAUUUUCAAAUUUUAUACCACAAGUCAAACAUGAUUUAUAUUCUGCAGGAUGGAAUCAUUCACUGAAUGUGUCAUCGCAGGAAUCUUCGAAUUUAUCGACGAGAAACUUUUACCAACGCAAAAAACAGGUUUACAGGGGAGAUUUAUAUAGAACAAAGUAUGCGGAUCAAGUGAAAAUGAUGAAAGAUCCAGGAUAUUAUUCUUCAAAUUCUUCAACUGGAUCGAUUACCCCGCCAAGUUCACCAUUAGCCGAAUCUUUCAUGGAAUUAAAACUAAAAAGUUCACCACGUGAAGAGAUUUGCAUUGGACUCAAGCCAUCAGAACGUAUAAGUCGCUAUCGGGAAAGAUUACCUUUACAAAAUUCACAAGGACAUAUAGCACGUUCUAAAUGGGAAUUAAUGGCCACCCCAAAACAACCACUUCGUCGACCUAUGAGUCCGCCUUCUUACUUCAUUAGCAAAUAAUAAAUUGGAUAAAAUGACAACGCAGAAUUUUUGGUUUUCUCUAGGAAAACACAAUUGGAAUUCGUUAUCACCGGUAACGAAUUUACAGUUCAUACAUUCGCGUGUUAAUAACUCUUGCUUUGUUCUCCGAUGUUGAGCAUCGGAUGGUUUGAACAAAAGCAAGAGCAUUUAUGUUUAUAUAGUAAAAAAAAAGAGUCGUUUAGAUUUUAAAAUGCAUUAUUCGCAAUCUAUGUAAUGCGAUUUAAAAUAAUUAUGACAUCGUUACUAAAUUAUCCUCAAUAUUUAACUAAAGAUUUAACUUAAAACGUCUGUUUUAUACAAACUUCAGAUAUUAUCAAAAUUUUAACUAUAACAUUAAGACUAUAGGACCCAUAAAAGUACAUUAUUUAUUUAUUUAAUAUAUUUAGUAUGAAUAAAAUUAAAUUAAAUUUAAAUAUUUGACUUACCCUCGCUGGUUUUGAAUCACCCUGGAAUCACGGUGGAAUCACGGUGGAUCCACGGCGGUUACACGGUGGGUUUUUUAUCAUGUUAUCACCAUGAUUCCACGGUGGUUACAUCGUGUAACCACCGUGUAUACACGGUGAUAAAAUGGGAUAAACCCACCCUGUAACCACCCUGGAUCCACCAUUAUUCCACCGUGUUUCCACUCCCAGGGUGUUUCCAGGCUGAUUCCAAACCGCGAGGGAUACUAAAAUUCAGCUGAAAAUAUCGGAAUAGAGCUGUAACGAAAAUACCAAAAAUUAUGAAUAUGUCAUACACGGAGAUAAUUUAUUGUAAAAAUUUAUAGUGCAAGGCCAGUAAAUUAGAUUAACUAGCGACAGUUGUAAUUUUUAUCGUGAUCUCUGUAAAAUGUAUAAAUCUACGGUUCGCUUUUAUAGAUCUUACAUUUUACAGAGAACACUUAUACUUGUUCAGUUGACGUUAAUUAGCUCUAGAUUUACUGGGCUAGCACUGUAAAUUUUAGCGAUAUUUCCUUUGUGUGUAUGGACAUACACAUAUAAUACACGUAUAAGGUAAGGGACCCAGUACCCGAUCAGGGAACUAGUACCCAAUUACUUACGUAUUUGUAUAUUUAUAUUUACUAAAUUUUAUUAAAUAUAGGUAUACAAAUACACAGAGUGAUCGGAUACUAGUUUCCUGAUCGGUUACUGGGUUUUUUACCUUCUAUAUAUUUUGUUUUUAAUAUUCGUCUUUACGAUUUAUAAUAAUUUUAGUCUAAAUUAUAUAUAUAAGAAUAGUUGAAUAAUAGAACACAAGUUUAUUACAAAUCUCUUUACACACAACGCCAAAUUAAAAUUUAACUAACAUUGUUUAUUGAUUUUAUCUAUCAUAAAAGAGUUACAUUAAUAACACAUAAAACAAAAAUUAUUAUGAGAUUAAAAGAAUUUAUAAGAUCUGAAAAUAUUAACAUUUGAAGUUCAUUUUCACUCGUAUUUUGAAAAUGGCUACAAAAACUUUUUAAUUUUUCUAUUAGAAAAAAAAUAAUCGGUAUCAAUAAUUUUUACCAUCUGAAAAUUUUUAAAAAUCUUAAUGAUGAUCAAUAAAAAAUUACAUAUCUUUUACUAUCAGCAAAUAAUUUAUUGCGUUCAAUCAUAACUUAAAAUUAAAUAAACGGAUAAAAAAAAAUGAUUACGAGAUUGAAAACAAUUAUAUGAUUUGAAUAAUAUAUAAAACGAAAAUUACCACGAGAUAACAAAAUUUAUACUAUUUAAAGAUAUUAAUAUUUGACGUUAAUUUUUACUCGUAUUUUGAAAAUGGCUACGAAAACGUUUCAAUUUUUCUAUUAGAAAAAAUAAUAAUUAGUAUCAAUCAUUUUUACCACCUGAAAAUUUUUAAAAAUCUUAAUGGUAGUCAAUGACAUAUUUCCAUGUCUGUUAAAAUCAAAAAAUAAUUUAUUGCGUUUAAUGAUAAUUCAAAAUUAAGUAAAUAAUACAUAAAACGAAAAUUACCACGAGAUUAUAAAAUUUAUACUAUUUAAAAAUAUUAAUAAUUGUCGUUAAUUUUUAUCCGUAUUUUGAAAAUGGCAACAAAAACGUUUCGAUUUUUCAAUUAGAAGAAAUAAUAAUCAGUUUCAAUAAUUUUUACCAUCUGAAAAUUUUUAAAAAUCUUAAUGAUGAUCAAUGAAAUAAUUACAUAUCUUUUACUAUCAGCAAAUAAUUUAUUGCGUUCAAUCAUAACUUAAAAUUAAAUAAACGGAUAAAAAAAAAAUGAUUACGGGAUUGAAAAUAAUUAUAUGAUCUGAAUAAUAUAUAAAACGAAAAUUACCACGAGAUAACAAAAUUUAUACUAUUUAAAGAUAUUAAUAUUUGACGUUAAUUUUUACUCGUAUUUUGAAAAUGGCUACGAAAACGUUUCAAUUUUUCUAUUAUAAAAAAUAAUAAUUAGUAUCAAUCAUUUUUACCACCUGAAAAUUUUAAAAAAUUUUAAUGAUAGUCAAUGACAUAUUUACAUGUCUGUUAAAAUCAAAAAAUAAUUUACUGCGUUUAAUGAUAAUUCAAAAUUAAGUAAACAAUACUUAAAACGAAAAUUACUACGAGAUUAUAAAAUUUAUACUAUUUAAAAAUAUUAAUAAUUGUCGUUAAUUUUUAUCCGUAUUUUGAAAAUGGCAACAAAAACGUUUCGAUUUUUCAAUUAGAAAAAAUAAUAAUCAGUUUCAAUAAUUUUUACCAUCUGAAAAUUUUUAAAAAUCUUAAUGAUGAUCAAUGAAAUAAUUACAUAUCUUUUACUAUCAGCAAAUAAUUUAUUGCGUUCAAUCAUAACUUAAAAUUAAAUAAACGGUUAAAAAAAAAAUGAUUACGAGAUUGAAAAUAUUUAAUUGAUCUAAAAAUAUCAAUAUUUGAAGUUAACUUUUACUCGUAAUUUGAAAACGGGUACAAAGAUGUUUCAAUCUUUCUAUUAGAAAAAAUAAUGAUCAGUGUAAAUUAUUUUUACCACCUGAUAAUUUUUUAAAAUCUUGAUAAUUAUCAGUGAAAUAUUUACAUGUCUUUUAAAAUUAACCAAUAGUUAACUGCGUUCAAUAAUAACUUAAAAUUAAGUAAACGGAUAAAAAAAUGAUUACGAGAUUGAAAAUAAUUAUAUGAUCUGAAUAAUAUAUAAAACGAAAAUUACCACGAGAUAACAAAAUUUAUACUAUUUAAAGAUAUUAAUAUUUGACGUUAAUUUUUACUCGUAUUUUGAAAAUGGCUACGAAAACGUUUCAAUUUUUCUAUUAGAAAAAAUAAUAAUUAGUAUCAAUCAUUUUUACCACCUGAAAAUUUUUAAAAAUUUUAAUGAUAGUCAAUGACAUAUUUACAUGUCGUUCAAAAUCAACAAAUAAUUUACAACGCUCAAUGAUAUGGACUUGAAGAUCGGAACGUUUUUUGCGAAUUAAAAAAAAAAAAAAAAAAAAAAAUGAAAUGAAAAGUAAAAAAUUUACUGGGUCUAGAUUUAUGAAAUGUUUCGCAUAGAUACUAGUAUGACAGCCGAAAAAUGCAACCACCCCCAAUCACUCCUUAAGUCUUCUUUAAGCCGUCAAAUUACAUAAUUUUUUUUUAUUUUCAUUUCGCGAACAACGUUUCGAUCUUCAGAUACAUUAAAUGAUAACUUAACAUUAAGUAAAUAACACAUAAAACAAAAGUUAUUACAAGAUUAAAAAAUUUAUACGAUUUAAAGAUAUAAAUAUUUAACGUUAAUUUUUACUCAUAAUUAUAAAUUGGUUACAAAAACUUAAUUCAUUUUUCUAUUAAAAGAAAGUAAUCGGUAUCAAUAAUGUUUACCAUCUGAAAGUUUCCAUAAAUCUUAAUGACAUUCAAUGGAAUAUUUACUUGUUAUUUAAAAUGAGCAAAUAAUUUACUGCGAUCAAUGACAACAAAAUUAAAUAAAUACAAAGGCCAUUAAUUAAUUUCUUCUUAAAAGAUAUAAAUUGUUGUAACACAAUUACACAUCAGAUAAAUUUAUAAUUUAUAAUAUAAGUAAUCGAUCUCAAUCAUCACUUAAGUGAUAGAUACUAUAGUAUAUGGUUACAUAAAUAAUUAAUCGUAUAAUAAUUACGAAUUACUUAAUACUUUAAAAUGAUGUAUUGCUUGGCGUUCGACAUGAAUUAUUUUUAAUCUAUAGUAAAAAUACAAUUAAUAAUUUAAUGUAUUAUAUUAAUUGUAAGAUAACAAUAUGUAUUUGUCCUAUAAUUGAUAAAUUAAUUAACUAUUUUGUACAACUACUA